AUGCGCCCGCUUCGUUCACUACUUUACUCAAAGCAGACCCCGUUAUGUCUCGAUGAUGGUGCGCGUCGACGCAUGCCAAAACAGCUCUACAUCCCUCUACCGUGCGCCGCGGCGAGACGAGACAUGAUCCUUCGCACGCUCUCAGUGGGCAAAGGCGUCGCUCAUAGCCUCACAGACGCCGAUUUGGAUAUGAUUUGCGAGAAAACCGAGGGAUAUUCUGGCUCUGACAUGAAGCAUCUCAUUCAAGAGGCUGCGCGAGCGCCUGUGCGCGAGACGUUUCAAAAGGUGAAAGACGUUCCAGGUCCAGUCUCGCCGAGUUCACUUAGACCCAUAGUACUUGCUGACGUUCGACGAGCGGCGAAGCAAGUUCGGCCGUCGGUCACGCGAGCAGACGUCAUCUUCCAUGAAGAGUGGAACAAGCAACACGGCGCACUCACGGCCGGCGCAGACGUUGACGAUGACGAGAGCUGGGACUGA